GGCCGGGUGCUGUGAGGCGAGGUGCGGGGCUCGGCGGCGACCCCGGGGCGGCGGGAGGGCCCUGCCCGCUCCCCUCAGCCAUGGCGCAGGCGGCGCUGGGCGCGGCGGGCCUGCACUUCGACGAGCUGAACAAGCUGCGGGUCCUGGAGCCCGAGGCGGCGCAGCAGACGGCCCAGCUCCGCGAGGAGUGCAGGGCCUUCCUCGACAAAAUAGUAGAAUUUCAAAAAAUAGUGGGUAGCUUAAUUGAACUUGUUGAUCAGCUGGCAAAAGCUGCUGAAAGUGAGAAGAUGAAGGCCAUUGGUGCCCGAAAUUUGCUGAAGUCUGUAGCAAAGCAGAGAGAAGCUCAGGAACAGCAACUUCAGGCUUUAAUCGCUGAGAAGAAGAUGCAGCUGGAAAGGUACCGAGUCGAGUACGAGACUCUGUGUAAAAUCGAAGCGGACCAGAACGAGUUCAUCGACCAGUUCAUCUUUCAGAAAUAGAGGAUUCUGAAAAUAAAACCAAACUCACUUGGGAACCUUGACCAUUCCAGAAUCUUGAAAAUUCCAAAAAUAUGCAAUUUUUCACUGUGUAUGAAUGAAUAGAUGGUUUGUGCAAAUGGGAGCGUCUUUUAAUUCAGCGUGAAUUACGCUACAAGUGGCAAUAAGGAGGGCUUUCCAACAGGUGUCAAGACUGUUCUGUCCUUUGAUUUUAUAAAAUUUUGUACAGUCAGUAGUUCUAAUUCAAAUUAUAGUUUGAUUAAUACUACUGUUGCUAUGUUUUGUCUCUCGCUUUUUGAAUUGUACAGCUCUUUCACAGAAAUUGGGAAAUAAAUUAUUGUUUUCAGACUUUCUGGAUAUACCAGGA